AUGAGCUUGAAAGAAGUAUUCGAACAACAUCCAUGGAGGUCAUUUAAGAAGUUCAAUGAAGCUGCAAAGAGUUGGGGAUUUACUAACAGAGCUGAAGUGAAAAGGUUCUUUGACAAAAAUGUUGUACAUCAAACAAAAAUAAACCCUUACGACUACUUUUUACCAAUUUACUCCAACACUCCUGACGCAUACCAAUUUGACACUCUCAUUCAAAGCAGAAAAGGAGGACAUAAACCAUUCCUCAUCUUCAUUAAUGUUAACACUCGUAAAGCUUUUGCGUAUAUAAUGAAAAAUAAAGGAACUCGUGAAGUGUUAAGAGUUUUACAAAAGUUUGUAGCAGAACAUAGCCCAAGUACUUUAACAUCAGACCAAGACAGUGCAUACCUCAGCAAUGAAAUCACAGAUUUUCUCAUUAAGCAUAACAUAACUCACUACACUACUGAAGACCAUAACCAUAACAUACUCGGUAUCAUUAACCGCU